UGCACAUCGCUCGAGGCUCAGCUCUGACUCAAGGCUGCUCCUGCCAGGACACGCUUUCGAGCCACAUUUUGAGUGAGUCGCUUUGGCCGCGCUAUUGCUGGACCUGUACCCUAUCGAGAAGAUGCAAAGGAUGCCUUUCAUGUCCUAGACUACUCAGCUUGGCUUUGUCCAACGAUGAUGAGUGUUAAUCAAAACCAAAAGCUUUUCAUCUUUCCACUGAUGCAUCCGAGAGAGAGAGAGAGGGUUUGAAGGCGUCGCUCGUCGAUGUGACUGUUGCCCAAUGCGAUGCUCGCUGCUGACACGCAUUUCAACAUGCUCGCACCAGAAUUCUCGAGCCGAAUUCCCCUCGGAAGGUCUGGUUGCAACAUGUCGGCGAUCACGAUUCAGAAACGGCCCUUGGCGUCGACCUCUGCCUCCACCGAUCUCUCGCGCACUUCACACAGGCGACGCACACUGAGAGGCAACGUCGUCCGAGUUGUCAGGGAAAGAUAUCUACGGGAAGACAUAGCUUGCGGAGUAGCUGGUUGUCCUGUCUCAUCAUGCAAGAACGCUAUCAAGCUGCGACUUGCUGCCGAGAAGAUUCCCGCCACUGGCACGCGGAAUGGUAGCAUCGCGAACGGCACGCAGGCCUUCGUUUGCAUCAUCGACUCAAACGUCGCGCUUGGACAGAUGGACUUGCUAGAGUCGAUGCUGGGCAACCUUCCCGGAAAGACCCCUGCCGUGCUCACUUUCUCGAGCAUCGUGGUGCCUCAGACAGUCCUUGAAGAGGUCAGACAUCGCAGCCUGCCUCUGUACAACCGACUCUCAGCUCUUCUCGACGCUCCCGAGUCGAGCUGGGUCAGAUUUUGGAACGAAGCUGCGAGCGCCACUGCUACCGUCCGACAGCCCGGAGAGACGCCCAACGAUCAUGCAGACCGGGCUAUCAGAUCCGUGGCCGAGUACUAUCGGUCGCAUCUUGAGCAGCGCAAGGCAUCACUGGAAGCUGUGCUGCUCACUGAUGAUCGCGAUAACAUGACGAAGGCGCGCGCAGCGGGUCUCAUCAGUCUGAAUGUGCGAGACUACGUCAAAGGAUUGCCGCGCUCGGAUGAGCUGAUGGAUCUGCUGAGUGCGAGAUCGGUGGCUGUUGCCGCUCAAGGUUCUGGCUCUGAAGGUGCAGCAAGGGACCUGUACGAACCGCACCUUGAACAGGCGGAAGCCAACGCGGGCUUGAAUGCUGGCACGUUGCACCAGGGCCAUUUCAACGCGAGCCAGUACAACGUACUGGAGGGCAGCGUGCGGAGCGAUGCGCUUGGUCAAGCCAUCUUGAUUAGAGGCAGAGAAGCAAUGAAUCGCGCAAUCGACGGGGACAUUGUUGCCGUGCGCCUCCUUCCCGAAUCGCAAUGGCUGACGGAGACGGAUGAGGUCAAGGGUGGAAGCGGAGGCAAUGACGACGCUGGAUCGGACGAGGAAGACGACGAAGCCCGCGAAGAGCCGCUCAGAGAAGAGGAGCAAGAGGACAAGGAGGAGAGGCAGGCAUUAGCACGGCAAGAACGCAGAGCUCGUAGCUCAGGUGGGAAACCUCAGCCCACCGGCAAGGUGGUGGGUGUCAUCAGACGUAAUUGGCGUAGCUACGUCUGCACGCUGGAUGCUCGCACGUUGCCACCUUCCGCGUUUUCGUCCACAGGAGCCACAAGCCUACUGGCUCUGCCAGUCUCGUCGCGUAUCCCGCGCAUACGCAUUCGAACUCGACAAGUCUCGUCUUUGAUCGACCAAAAAGUGCUCGUGGCCCUUGACGAUUGGCGCAUAAGCUCACGAUAUCCGGACGGACACUUUGUUAGAGCAUUGGGCCGCACGGAGAGCAACGAGGCGGAACAAGAAUCGCUACUGCUCGAGCACGAUGUGCCUUAUCGACCAUUCUCCACUGCGGUCCUCGAUUGCUUGCCAAGCGAAGGAGAUAGCUGGAAGGUCUCUCCAAAAGAGCAGGCAGGCCCGGCUUGGAGAGACCGUGUCGACCUGAGAGCCGAGCAGAUCUGUUCCAUAGAUCCACCUGGCUGUCAAGAUAUCGAUGACGCGCUGCAUGCCAAGAUCCUGCCGAACGGCAACGUCGAAGCGGGCGUCCACAUCGCAGACGUCAGUUACUUCGUGCGGUCCGAAACGCCGAUGGACUCCGAAGCUGCAUCUCGAGGCACUACUGUUUACUUGGUUGACAAGAGGAUAGAUAUGCUGCCACACCUCCUCGGCACAAAUUUGUGCAGCUUGCGGCCACAUGUGGAGCGUCUAGCUUUCUCGGCGAUCUGGGAAAUGGAUCCCAAGACUGCAGACAUCGUCAGUGUCAGAUUCCACAAAAGCGUCAUCGCCAGCAAGGAGGCUUUCACCUACGAGGAGGCUCAAUUGCGCAAAGACGACCACAGAAAGAAGGAUGCUAUCACGCAGAGCAUCAGGCUGCUCAACGAUCUCGCUAUAAAGCUGAAAGGCAAACGCAUGCAGGCUGGUGCUCUCAAUCUAGCCAGUCCAGAGGUCAGAAUUCAUCUGGACAGCGCAGAGUCCACUGCUCCCAUCGACGUGGAGCAGAAAGAGAUGCGAGAGACGAAUAGUCUAGUCGAAGAAUUCAUGCUGCUUGCGAAUGUUUCUGUUGCUGCCAAGUGCUACGAAGCUUUUCCUCAGACUGCCGUGCUCAGAAGGCAUUUGCCGCCUCCAGCGACGAAUUUCAGCGUCUUGCAGGACAUCCUCAAGAAGCGAAGAGCCAUGACGCUCGAUGUCAGCUCUUCUGGAGCACUCGCCGCUUCGCUCGACAAGUGCGUCGACGCAAAAGAGCCCGCUUUCAAUACCCUGCUGCGCAUCAUGGCAACUCGAUGCAUGCUGUCUGCAGAGUACUUCUGCAGUGGCAGCGUGCCCAGGGACACCUUUGGACACUACGGUCUGGCUUCCCAGAUCUACACGCACUUCACCUCUCCCAUCAGGCGAUACGCGGAUGUCUUGACACAUCGACAAUUGGCUGCUGCUAUCGCGUACGAGUCGCUGCCUGCCAACUUGCAGAACAAGGGUCAUGUGGAGAAAGUGCUGAACAACGUCAACAAGAGACAUCGCGGAGCUCAACAAGCGGGUCGAGCUAGCGUCGAAUACUGGGUGGGCUUGAGCAUCGCUCGCAAAAAUCAGGAAGCUGGAGGGUCUGCCAAGAGCUUCGGAACGGGCGAAAUCAAGCUCCACGAGGAUGCGUUCGUCAUCCGCACCUUCCGGAAUGGCAUUGCUGUCUUCGUCAGCGCGUACGGCCUCGAAGGUCUCAUCACGUUCGACAAGGAUUGUGACUUCGAUGGAGAGCAGUACACCGUCCGCGUUCCCGCCACCGUUUCGGGGCUCAAGCGGGAUCUCACCCUGGGCAUCUUUGACCGGGUGCGCGUCGAAAUUGGAACUGAAAAGGACAAGAAUACACAGCGAAGCAGAGUCAAGAUGGCUUUGUUGUGAUGCAGGCGAGACUUUUGCCUGUUAUGUCUUUACAAUGAGCA